AUGGAUAUGGGCAAGGUCAGUCUUCUGGUGGUAGCCAACAGGGUUCCUUCUCUGGACAUGGACAACAUGGCUCUGGUUAUGGUCAGUCAUCCAGCUAUGGUACACACAACUCAGGGGCAAGGAUCUGGACAAGGUCACUCUUCUGGUAGGACACAGAGUGGCACAACAUCAAGACAGUCAUCAAGCUAUGGCUCAGGUCAGUCCACUCUCUCUGGCAAGCAUGGAUCAACUUCACGUCAUUCAUCGAGCCAAGAAAGGAACAGGUCUAGCUCAAGGGAGUCUUGUGGCUCCCAACAAUCUGGGUCUGGCUCAGGAGGGUCUUCUGGCUUUAGUCAACAUGGAUCUGGGCAAGGUCAGUCUUCUGGUGGUAGCCAACAGGGUUCCUUCUCUGGACAGUCAGCAGGUAGUCAUCAGCACAGCUCUUCCUGUGGUCAUUCCUCUAGCUAUGGUCAGCAUGGCACUGGCUCUGGUCAGUCUUCCAGCAGUGGAACACACAAUGCAGGUUCAAGUCAGUCUUCUAGACAGAGCAGAAGUGGCUCUGGGUCAGGACAGUCUUCUCAUUUAGGUGAAUAUGGUUCUACAUCGAGACACUCUACUGGCUCCACAGGGCAAAGAUAUGGGCAAGGACAGUCAUCUGGUCCUGGACAAUGUGGCACUUCUUCAGGACACUCAUCAAGCUCAGGUCAGUCCACUACCUAUGGCAAGCAUGGAUCAGGAGUGAGCCAGUCAUCCAGAAACAGCAGAAGCAGGUCAAGCUCAAGGGAGUCUUGCAGCUCCCAGAACUGUGGGUCUGGCUCAGGAGGGUCUUCUGGCUUUAGUCAACAUGGAUAUGGGCAAGGUCAGUCUUCUGGUGGUAGCCAACAGGGUUCCUACUCUGGACAUGGACAACAUGGCUCUGGUUAUGGUCAGUCAUCCAGCUAUGGUACACACAACUCAGGGGCAAGUCAGUCUUCUAGCCAGGGUACAAGUGGCUCUAGGGCAGGACAGUCUUGUGGUUCAGGGCAAUGUGGUUCUGCAUCGGGAAACUCUUCUGGCUCUGGUAGGCAAGGAUCUGGACAAGGUCACUCUUCUGGUAGGACACAGAGUGGCACAACAUCAAGACAGUCAUCAAGCUAUGGCUCAGGUCAGUCCACUCUCUCUGGCAAGCAUGGAUCAACUUCACGUCAUUCAUCGAGCCAAGAAAGGAACAGGUCUAGCUCAAGGGAGUCUUGUGGCUCCCAACAAUCUGGGUCUGGCUCAGGAGGGUCUUCUGGCUUUAGUCAACAUGGAUCUGGGCAAGGUCAGUCUUCUGGUGGUAGCCAACAGGGUUCCUUCUCUGGACAGUCAGCAGGUAGUCAUCAGCACAGCUCUUCCUGUGGUCAUUCCUCUAGCUAUGGUCAGCAUGGCACUGGCUCUGGUCAGUCUUCCAGCAGUGGAACACACAAUGCAGGUUCAAGUCAGUCUUCUAGACAGAGCAGAAGUGGCUCUGGUUCAGGACAGUCUUCUCAUUUAGGUGAAUAUGGUUCUACAUCGAGACACUCUACUGGCUCCACAGGGCAAAGAUAUGGGCAAGGACAGUCAUCUGGUCCUGGACAAUGUGGCACUUCUUCAGGACACUCAUCAAGCUCAGGUCAGUCCACUACCUAUGGCAAGCAUGGAUCAGGAGUGAGCCAGUCAUCCAGAAACAGCAGAAGCAGGUCAAGCUCAAGGGAGUCUUGCAGCUCCCAGAACUAUGGGUCUGGCUCAGGAGGGUCUUCUGGCUUUAGUCAACAUGGAUAUGGGCAAGGUCAGUCUUCUGGUGGUAGCCAACAGGGUUCCUUCUCUGGACAUGGACAACAUGGCUCUGGUUAUGAUAAGAAUCUUGGUCCCGCCGCCACACUUGCUACCUUGAGAUACUUCGCGGGUUCCUCCCUCUUUCCUUUCUGCCACCGCCAUGCCAUCCCAACUGAGGAAGACCUGGAAACUCUGGGGCCACGUGAGCCACGGCCAUGGCUGCAUCGCAAGCAUCCAGGAGGACCUGGGAACGCUGGAGGCAUGCAUCACCUCAGGAUCAACUUCGACAAAUAUCAUCCAGGUUACUUCGGGAAAGUUGGGAUGAGGCAUUACUGCUUAAAGAGGAACCAGAGCUUCUGCCCGACUGUCAACCUGGUCAAACUGUGGACGCUGGUCAGUGAACAGACCUGGGUUAACGCUGCCAAGAACAAGACCGGAGCUGCUCCCAUCAUUGAUGUUGUGCGAUCAGGCUACUACAAAGUUCUGGAAAAGGGAAAGCUCCCUAAGCAGGCCGUCAUCGUGAAAGCCAAAUUUUUCAGCAGAAGAGCUGAAGAGAAGAUAAAGAGUGUUGGAGGUGCCUGUGUUCUGGUGGCUUAA